AUGUCAGUGGAUACGGCGUUUGUGCUUCGCUCUUUAACAUCACCUCUGCCAAGGAUGAAUAUCCACCUGCAAAACUGGUCGCAUAUCCAAGGACUCGAAUUGGCAGAUCCUACCUUUACGCGAUCCGGUCGAAUCGACUUGCUGAUUGGCGUGGAUGUCAUACCUCAGCUCAUGCUGUCUGAAGUUCGGAAGGGAGCUCAGGAUCAACCAAUAGCUCAGCGCACGCAACUGGGUUGGAUUGUAUUUGGUAAGACAAACCAAACACUUUCGCAUGCCAUAUCCAUUCGAUGCCAUCAGACAAAUUUGGAGUCUUUGGUCAAUAAGUUUUUUGAACUAGAGAAAAUUCCCGAAACUCGACAGUUGACAGCAGAAGAACAAUGGUGCGGGGAUCAUUUCAAACGCACGCAUACACGUCAACCCAAUGGGAAAUAUAAGGUUCGGCUCCCAUUCAAGACGCAGUUCGAUUCCUCGCAAGUUCUUGGGAAAUCUCGGCAAAUAGCCCUUAAUCGCCUCCAUAUGUUGGAGCGCAAGCUCCAACCAGCGUUACAUCAGCAAUAUUCAGCCGUCAUCCAAGAGUAUUUUGAUCUCAACCAAAUCAUCGAAGCUGCAAGCACUGAGGAGCAACAUCGGACUCACACGCCAUUGGGGCAGGUCGGGUUUGCGGCAUGCACUCUGCCUCAUCACGCUGUGCUAAAGGAGGAGAGUACCACCACCAAAUUACGCGUGGUCUAUGAUCCGUCUUGCAAAACUUCCAAUGGCCGUUCUCUCAACGAUGUCCUUUGUAUAGGUCUCGCGUUGCAGAAUGAUCUUGGUGGAGUCAUACUAAACUGGCGCAUGGUCAUGACACCGUUGAUGGAGCUAUCAAAAUUCGAGAGGAUCUAA